GGGCGUUGCCAUGGGAGCGGCGGAGUGACGUGGAGGCGGAAGCGGCGCGGGCCGCCAUGGGGGGCUCGGCCAGCCGGCUGCCGCGGGAGGUGCUGGGCGAGUACCAGGAGCUGACCUUCCUGAGCAAGCAGGAGAUCCUGCUUGCCUACAAGAGGUUCAGUGAGCUGCUGCCAGAGGGGGAGAAGGAGAAUGCCCGCUCAGUUCGGAUUCCCAAGAGCAGGAUCCUGACGUUGCCUGAACUGAGGGCAAACCCCUUCAAGCACCGCAUCUGCCGGGUGUUCUCCACCUCGGAGGACGGGGAUGACAGCAUGUCCUUUGAAGACUUCCUUGAUAUGCUGAGCGUCUUCAGCGACUCUGCUACCUCAGAGAUCAAAUCCCACUAUGCCUUCCGCAUCUUCGACUUUGAUGAAAAUGGGGCUCUGGACAGAGAGGACCUGGAAAACUUGGUGAACUGCCUGACGGGGCAAAGCGAAGAGUCCAGGCUGAGCAGUGCGGAGAUGGAGCAGCUCAUCCAGAACAUCCUGGAGGAGUCCGACAUCGACAAGGAUGGCACCAUCAAUCUCUCAGAGUUCCAGCACGUCAUCUCUCGCUCCCCUGACUUUGCCAGCUCCUUCAGGAUUGUGCUGUGAAAGCCCCACAGCCCUCCAGCAGAGCUGCUUCCCUGGCUACUCUUCACCGUCUCCAGGCUGCAGCUCUUCACCGUCUCCAGACAUUUCCUCUUUUUCCAAGCAGCGUGGCAGAGGCCCCUGCUCUGUACCAGCCUGAGAAUGCCGUACAGUGCCUUACGCAGGAGGCCCCUCCUGCUCCCCUUUCGCACCCAGCAGGCAAGAUUGCAGGCGUCUCCGUAGCCCUGCAGCCGCCACCGUCCUUGCCUGGCUCCGCGGGCUGCAGAUCCCUGGUGCUGCCCUGCCUGGAGGCUGGGCCCAGUCUGCUGGACCAGGAGGGAGCUCUGCUCUCCACUGAUCCUAACUCCUUCGGCAAAUCAAGCGCAGCUCUGCCUGGGGUGGAGGGAGGGAUACAGCGGUGCUCCUGGCUGGAGCACCAAGCACAGCCCCUUUCACCCCCCAGCACCAAUCUGUGCCUUCCACUGGCAGGCGGGGAGCUGUCUUCCGAGCCCGGGCCCUGCCUGGCUCCUCAGUCUUCCCUCAGACCUCCCUGAAGCAAAGUGGAUUUAUUUCUCAAAGCAAUAACCUAAGCGGCACUUUAGAUGUCCCAGCCCAGCAGCACUGCUGGCCCCUCAUGGCUGUCCAGGACACUUUCCUGACCCCAACAAGCACUGCCUUUCCGCUUGCACCAGCGCGGGGGGCAGCAAGGCGCCUCCCCCCCGCCAGGGACAGCGAGAGCUGAGCCCAGAAGCACCUGCAGCCCUGCUGUGCCUCUAACCACGCUCAGGCCUGGGCUGGUUUUGAUUUUUUUUUUCCUGGUCUUUUCUUUUUCCCUCCCCUCCCCUCUCCUCUGCCCUUGCCGCUGGCUCAAGCUCGGCAGUUGCUCUGGCUCUGCUGGCCUAGAGCAAACAGGAGCCUGAGCCUGUUGCUCUCCGUGUUCCCGACAAAGGACAAAUAAAGGGCUCGAGUUUCACCCUCGG